AUGAUGACGGUCCACAUAGGUUCUUCCACGGAUCGUUGGGCUUACGGUUUGAAUACUGGACACAUGGACUCAAAUUACCCGGAAUGGACUAAACCAUUUCACAGGAAAAUCCAAGCCAAAUUGUUGGGCACUGAUUCAAGUAUCCGGUCGAGUUCUGUCCAAAUCGAAGCUGCACGCGCCGCUGAAUUGAGACAAUAUCUGAGAACGUGGGUAAUCCGGUUGAACAAUCUGAAACCUCCUGCUCGAACUGUAGCGUUGUAUAACAUAGACGAGGUAGAUGAAGUAAUAAUACCCCAGUAUAAAGUGAACUAA